AUGUCGGGCUUCUUCAAUCUUAUUCUGCGCGUCCUCGCCCUUCUCUUUACAAUCAUCAUCACCGGGCUCAUCGGCAACGUCAUUGCUCAGGACCGCAAUGCCUCCAUGUCGGCCAGCGCCGCCGUAAACUUCACCAUGUUCGUCGCGGCCCUCUCCUGGGUCGUCUGCCUCUACGGCAUGGUGGCUACCGUCAUCUCCAGCCUCGGCAAGCCCAUUCUCCUCACGGUCCUCGACGGCCUGGGUGUCCUAUUCACCCUGAUCAGCGCCAUCGUCCUCGCUGCAAAAAUUGGCCGCACAAACUGUUCCAGCACGGUCGAUCGCCCCACCAACUGGAUCGCUUACGGCUCCGGCAAUCCGGAGCACCGCUGCCGCGAGCUGCAGGCCAGCGAUGUCUUCAUGUGGUUCCUCUGGCUCACGCUGUGUGGCGGCCUCUUCUUCUCGCUCACUGAGAUGCGCAGCCCUAUGGGUGCUGCCCGUUCAUCCCGCCCAGCCAUGUCUCAGGUCUGA